UUAUCUGAUGAUGGACAAUCUACAAGUUCUUUGUAGUCGAUAUUUUCUUGAUAAUUUUAAUAUCUGUAAACUACCAACUGUCCUUAAAUCUUUAUCUUCUGUGACUGAUGCCCCAUAUCAAUUUGGACUGAUUAACAAACAGAUAAUCAAUCAUUUCAUUAAUCGACAUUUCGACCAAAUCUCAUAUACUCAAGCCUUUCUCAACUUUUCAGCUGAAACCAUUGAAUACAUUUGUAAACUGGAUUUGAUAAUUGACUCGGAAUGUCAAGUGUUUGAUGCGAUAACCCGAUGGAUCCAAGUGAAUGAAGAUGAACGAAAAAUUUACAAAGACCAGUUGAUGAAAUGUAUCCGUUGGAAUCAUUGUAAUGAACAAGACAUGGAAAAGAUCAGGAGCAAUCAUGGUAACAUUGGCGAAGUUGAAAAGUCAAGUAACUCAAAUGAUGGAAUAAAAAAUCGAGUCAUAGUCAAGUUUCUCGUUGCAAUAUAUAAAUUAAGUGAAACUGUAAUUCAACUUCGAGCUUAUAAGAAUUCAAAUCGUUGGAUCAAUUGUGGUGAAUUCACUUUGAAAAAUGAUCUCUGUUGCAAUCUAAUAACCAAUGACAGUAUCACCGAUAUCGUUUACGGUUUUGGGACCAAAGGUAUUCGUUUAGAUUGGAAGGAGAAAAAGUUUAAAUAUCUCAACAUGUUCGGUGAUGAAAACUCGUACUAUGGACAAAUGUUCAAGUACAUUAUGGAUGAUCCAUCUUCCCUUGGCAGUGGAAAAUGGAUAACCCUUGAACCCGAUACAACUCAAUCACUAUCAUCGGAGGAAUUGAACGCCGUUGAAAUGAUACUUUACCACAAGGGUAAAUUCAACGCAAUUGGUAAACACAUAAUCUACAACACCUCGAAAUAUGGUAAACGCGUAUCUCAAACAUUUCUAGUCUAUCAAUCACCCGUUAUGGACCAAAGCCUAUUCUCAACUGACCCCGAGACUCGAUCGGCACACGCUUGUAUUAUCAACAAUUCAAUUUACAAAUUGGAUGAGUCACUUGACUUUCAAGAGUGCGAUGUGUCUAACCCAAAGAUGCGAACAUUAAAAUUUAUCGAUGAGAAAUUAUCCUUCGAAAACUUGGAAUUAUUGAAUCACAAUGAUGAUCUAAUUCUUUGUGAUAAAGACACCAAAAAAGCUUAUAAAUACAAUUCAUCUAAAAAUGAUUGGCAAUUCUUAUUUGAAAUAAGAACAGAAAAAAAAUUGAUCACAAUGGUAUCAAUUCAUCUACUUAAUUCUUAUCCUCAAACAAUUAUAUAAUCUCAAUCUAAUCUUAUUAUACAAAAAAAUAUAUUAUCUUAUUGUUCACAUUGUAACUUCAUUUACAUAAUAUUGUAUUGGAAAGAUUAGAAAUCGUUAAUCAAUUUCUAAGAUUUCUAUCAGAGUAAUUUCUUUGUAUCAAAUUAUAAAUAUAAUCAAAUGAAAUAUUAAUAAAAUUAUAAUCUAUCAUCA